CCGAUAUAAACAACGCCUCAUAACAUCAACCAUUUCUUCAACACCUCAACAAUAUUAUCAAAACCAAAAUCAAUGGCUGAACUGGUACUUUCUGCCCUCCUCACUGUGCUCUUUGAGAAGCUGGCCUCUACAGCUUUGAAAAGAAUCGCUCGCAACAACGGAAUUGAUGCUGAGAUCAAGAAAUGGCAGAGAUCUUUAAUCCAGAUCCAUGGUGUGCUUGCUGACGCUUCUCGGAAGGAGGUAACCAGUACACCUGUGAAACGAUGGCUCAAUGAUCUCCAGCAUCUGGCUUACGACAUAGAUGAUGUCCUCGAUGGUUGGCUGACCGAAGCCAUGCAGCAUGAGUCCACCCACGAGUCAGAAGGCAUCAGCAACAAGGUAAGAAAGUUGAUUCCAACUUGUUGCACAAACUUCUCACGGAAUACUAGCAUGCAUGACAAGUUAUAUAGUAUUACCGCCAAAUUGAAAGAUCUAGUUGAGGAGAAAGCCGCUCUUGGUUUGAGCCUCACAGAGGAUUCAAGGCCAAGAAACAAUAAUAACAUUAAUAAUAGAAGAUUUCAAUCCUCUGUUGUUGAUCCAUCUAGUAUUGUUGGACGCCAAGCUCAGAAAGAGGCAUUGCUCCAACAGUUGUUGUUAUUGGGGGAUGAACCAUGUGAUCAAAAGUUUAGUAUUGUUCCCAUAGUUGGCAUGGGCGGGGUCGGUAAAACUACUUUGGCUAGACUUUUGUACGAUGACCAACACGUCAAAGAUCACUUUGAACUCAAGGCAUGGGUUUGUGUCUCGGAUGAGUUUGAUAGCUUUCGUAUAAGCAAAGAGAUCUUUCAAUCUAUGGCAAACAAGGAAGUUUCAGAUUUUAAUCGGCUUCAAGAAGCUCUUAGAGAUCACGUAAAGGGAUAAAAAAAUUCUAUUGGUACUAGAUGA